CACAGCAUCAUUACGCUGCACUCGAAGCAAAGGGUCAAUUACUCCUCCAACAAUUCGCGCAGACUCAACUCUGAGAGCCAAUAACGAUGGCAUCCAAGCUGUCCAAAUCAAUCGCCAUUAUCGCAGGCGCAGGCCCCGGAACCGGAGCCUCAAUCGCUCGCCGCUUCGCCAAGGCUUAUCCAGUGGUGCUGCUCGCGCGCAGUCCAUCAAGUCUCGAUCCCCUCGUCCAAGGCAUCAAUCAAGCUGGAGGAUCCGCCAUAGGCAUUCCAGCCGACGUGACCAACGUCGGGGUAAUGGACUCCACCAUGAAGCAAAUCGAGAGCCAAUUCGGCGCCAAUUUGACCGUGGCAGCGGCCGUCUUCAACGUCGCCGGCAAAUUCUCCCGCUCUCCUUUUCUAGACUCGGGCUCCGAGUUUCUGAGUGACCUGGAAUCGACCGCCAGAGGGGCUACGAACUUCUCGAAAGCAGUGUUGCCCUUUUUGCUUCGCGCGACGGAGAGCUCGGAAUCGAGCUACCCGCCCACCCUCGUUUUUACUGGUGCAACGGCCUCAUUGAAGGGCGGUUCCGGCCUAGGUUCGUUUGCUAUGAGCAAGUUCGCCAUCCGGGCGCUGGCGCAAUCGCUGGCGCGUGAGUUCGGUCCCAAGGGCGUUCACGUUGCUCAUGCCAUUAUUGAUGGCAUAAUCGCGACGGAGCAAACGAAGGGUUACAACGAGGACAAGCCGGAUGCGAAGAUUGAUCCUGACUGGAUUGCGGAGGCUUACUGGUUCCUACAUACCCAGCCUAGGUCGUCCUUCACCCAUGAGAUUGACAUUCGGCCUUACUGUGAGACCUGGUAGUUGGCCAGGUGGUAAUUGGUGGUUGGUGUUACUCAAUGAGUUUGAUGAAGAUUUAUUGUGCUAAGUCGUUGUAAGAUAAUGAUAUCUGUUGUUAUAAGGAAUAUCAAUUCAGCAACCUUGAACUGC